GUUGUGUAAUCGAUUUUCAAUCAUUUUAAUAUUAUCAGACUGAAUUUCAACGAUCAGAAAAUAAUAUCUUAAAUUGGAGCUUUUUAAAAACUCCCUUAGGCUUUAGCCACUUUUUGAAUGACUGUUUCCUGAAACAUUAAAAAAAUCUUUGGAUAUAUUGGAUCUAUUUAGAAUUGGGAUAUUAAUUCUUAUUAACUUUCUACAAACUAACAUUAAGAAGAAAAAAAUCCAUGUUCUCGUUAUUAGAUGAACAAAUUGACCAUAGAUAAAUUUCAUGUUAAAAGGAUUCGAGCUUAUUAUGACGAUACAACAAGCACAGAAAUCGAAGAAACGGAUUCAAUGCUUCAUUAUAAAACUCAAACAUUUUAUUGUGAAGUUGAAAUAGAUAUUCCUACAUGUAUAUCUGAUCAUGAUUGGACAAUUGGUCUUGUUCAAGCUUGUGAUUAUAUGUAUUUAGCUAAUGAUUAUGAAGGAAUCGGUCAAUCACUUUGGGAAUUUCAUCCAUUAAAAAGUGGUCUGAGACAAUUAAUCAAUGAUAGUGAUGGGCUACAAUAUCCAUUUUAUAGUGUUCAUCAAAGUUUAUAUAAUAUUAAAAAAGGUCUUUUGAAAAAAACAGGUCUAAAUUUACAUGUGAAAGAUUAUUUUCAUCCUUCUGUUGUCUGUGAAUUACCUUUUUCUGGUGGUGUACGACUAACUGAAAUUAUUAGACGACAAAAAUUUCUAAUUUGGUUAGUAGUUAUCAAAUAUGGAAAAAAGUUUUCAUGUAAAGAUGAGAUCACUGUAUUUAAAAAAAUCCGUUGGGAGUAUGACUUAUGUAUAAAAGUUGAUCCAUUUAUGCCUUUGGGCAGUCGUAUACGCAAAAUUUAUGAUAUCCAACAUAAUGGGGUUAUUUCAACAAAUUCGGACAAACCUCACAGACUACCCAUCUCUGCAGCAUUUCCACCCCAUUGUAAUGCCGCACAAUCAUUAAUUUGGUAUCCUAAAGACCACAAACUACAGCACGUUUACUCGUGCCUCCUAAACAAAUUAUCGUUCCAUGGGAAGAAUGGGUACAUGAUAUGUUAGGUCCAAAUACUAGAGUUUGCAAACCAAAUGAAGUUUUCGAGAUUUUUGGUGAUAUAAUUUAAGUCGAAUUUGAUGGAAUUAUCUUUUUUCAAGCAAAUAAAUGAAAAUUAUCCACAUGGAAACUACUAUUUUCCGUGCUUAUAUUUUACUGUCUAAAUUAUUCGAAAUGUUUACCAUUAUCUAAAGAACCAGUUUAUAUGUAAAAUAGAAUAAUCUAAUGAUGUAUUUUUUAGAACAAUAAAAACUCCAUUUAUUAUUGUUUAAAUUGCUAUACGCAAUCUAAACCAGGAAGACAGCCUUUUAAUUUAUCUAGAGCCGUUAUACCAUAAAGCAUUGCAAAUUAUUAAAACCUUUUUCUUUUUGCAUAAGCUAUAAAU